GGCACUGGAUCAGAGAGAGAGAGAGGCGAUCGGGAGGGGAGCGAUUUGGAGCCGCAUGGAGCCCUCUGCAGACAGGCUGGCUAGGGCGGCGGCCCAGGGCCGUGAGCACGAGGUUCGGGCGCUGCUAGAAGCAGGGGCUUCGCCCAACGCCCCGAACUGUUUCGGUCGCACCCCGAUUCAGGUGAUGAUGAUGGGCAACGCCCAAGUAGCCAACCUGCUGCUGCUCUACGGUGCGGAACCAACCGAGGACCCAGCCACCCUGUCCAGACCGGUGCACGAUGCAGCGCGGGAGGGCUUCUUGGACACUCUGGUGGUACUGCACCAGGCGGGCGCGCGGCUGGAUGUGCGUGAUGCCUGGGGUCGCCUGCCUGUGGACUUGGCCCGCGAGCGGGGCCACCGCGAUGUCGUGCGGUAUCUGCGUGCGGCUGGGAGCGCUCCCCAAGGCAGCGGGCCCGCAGGCGAAGCUUCGGCUCAAGCACCUCCAGACGCUCCGGAUUUCGCGGACCACCCCUAGAGCAGGGCUACAUCCCUCACCUGCCCGCCUGGUUCGCUUUCUUGGACCCACAUCUGGAAAAAGAACAGCGCUUGGCUGGUCCC